AUGGCGAAUCAGAAUCCACCGUCGAAUACGCAGACUUACGGCGUCCCGAUUUACGCCGUCGAAUGGAUUCCGGAAGUAGCUGUUAGAUCGAAAAUCUACAAGGAUCAGGAUAUUUCCGAAGAUGCCGGCGAUAAGGAUCGUGAAAAUUCCGAAGACGGCGGCGAGUCCUCGUCGUCGUCCUCCUCGCCCAAGAGCUGCAUCAUUUUGACCGGCGGAGGCGGAGAGGGACGAAGCGGAAUCCCCAAUGUCAUCUUAAUCAUUCCCGUUGAUCGCGAAACCAAUUCUCUCCCGGAACAACCUCUGGCUAAGCAUGUGGUUGGCACUGAUCUACCUUAUCGAAUGACUGUUCAUCCUCGAGAAGAUGGUGUUAUAUGCGCAUUGCCAGAGAGCUGCAAACUGUUCGAUUGGGAAGACAUUAUGAACUCGGUAGAGGGUAAUCAGGCUGGUGACGAGUCAAGGGAAGUGAUUAAAGAGUUGAGAGAUGUUGGACAACAGUUAGCUCUGGCGUUUAAUCAGGAGGGCUCUGUGCUCGCUUCUGGUGGAGAGGAUGGAAAUUUGAGAAUUUUUGAGUGGCCUAGUAUGAAUACGUUGCAUAAUGAGUCCAAUGCACAUGCAUCAGUUAAAAACUUGGCUUUCAGCGAAAGUGGUAAGUUUCUUGCAUCUCUUGGAACUCCACUUUGUCGGGUUUGGGACGUAAGUGCUGCUGCUACUAUUGCCAGUUUGUCAAAAGAAAAGGACGAGGUGUUUGGCUACUGCAGAUUCUCUGUCGACAAUGCUGGCGAUGAAGUUCUUUACAUUGCUGCAAACACUGGACGUGGUGGGAGUAUUAUAACAUGGGAUACAACAUCAUGGAAAAGACGGCGGUCAAACGUUUUUAAAAACAACUCUAUAACGGCCUUUAAUGUCUCAGCUGAUGGGAAGCUUCUUGCAAUAGGAACCAUGGAAGGUGAUGUUUUGAUAAUUGAUUCAAAAAGAAUGAAUGUUAACCAAGUCGUCAAGAAAGCUCAUCUCGGUUUGGUCACCGCACUAGCUUUCUCCCCUGAUUCAAGGUGCUUAGUGUCGGUUUCUUUUGACUCAAGGGCAAGGCUUAUUGCCAUUGAACCAACGCGUGCAAAACGUGGAAUAAGUUUGUGGGCGGUAUUGCUGUUCGUGUUGCUAUACGUGGUUUCGUAUUAUUUCUUGGAGUCAAAGGGGAUCAUAGCCGUAGCCUUUGCGUUUGUAUUUGAGAAAUUCGAAGGGAUUCUUCACCUUUACCUUAAAACUUGA